AUGGAUUUUGUCACUGGUUUGCCUCGCUCAUUUCAGAAGUUUGAUUCCAUACGGGUGAUUGUUGAUAGACUCACCAAAGCAGCACACUUCUUACCGGUCAAGACUACUUAUACAGUUGAAGAGUAUGCAAAGUUGUAUAUUAAAGAGAUAGUUCGGCUACAUGGAGUGCCAAUCUCUAAUAUAUCUGAUAGAGGAGCUCAAUUCACCGCGAACUUUUGGAAGUCAUUUCAGAAGAGUUUGGGAACGCAAGUGAAUUUAAGCACAGCCUUUCACCCUCAAACGGAUGAUAAUAGAAGGAGAGGACUGGAAUUUUUCAUAGGAGAUUGGGUAUUUUUGAAGGUAUCCCCAAUGAAAGGGGUAAUGAGAUUUGGUAAAAAGGGGAAGCUGAGUCCGCGCUAUAUAGGGCCAUAUAAAAUUAUUCGAAGAGUUAGUCAAGUCGCGUAUGAGUUAGACCUCCCUCAAGAGCUCUCAACAGUCCAUCCAGUAUUUCAUGUCUCAAUGCUUCGAAAAUGCAUAGGCGACCCAUCUCGUAUCACUCCUACGGAAGAUGUACAUGUUACAGAAGAUCUCACUUACGAAGAAGUACCCAUCGCAAUUUUGGAUCGACAAGUUAAGAAACAAAGAAAUAAAGAAGUAGCUUCUGUAAAAGUACUAUGGAGAAACCAACAAGUUGAAGAAGUUACAUGGGAGGCGGAAGAAGCAAUGAAGUCCAAAUAUCCUCAUUUAUUUCAAUCCGAGAAGAAGGGUCAAAGUGCUGAGUUGAGACAGUAA